UCAUGUCUAAACCCGAACUAUACUAUGAUCCCAACAGUCCACCGGUCCGAAGUGUCCUACUCGCCCUAGCAGCCUUGGGAAUCAACGACCAAGUGGAUCUCAAACUGGUUCGUCUAUUCCAGCGAGAACAUUUGAACGAAGCUUUUGUCAAACUCAACCCCCUUCACAAGGUACCGGUAUGGAAACACGGUGACCUCGUCCUGACGGACAGCCACGCCAUCCUGAUGUACCUUUGCGACGUCUACGGACAGGAGAGUGAAUUUUCCCUAAACGAUCCAAAGAAACGUGCCCUAGUCAACAAUCGAUUGUGCUUCAACAAUUCCGUGCUGUUCCAACGAGAGUCAUCGCUCAUGGUUAAAAUAUUCCAUCGGCAGAUAGCGGAAGUCACGGAGGAUCAUCUUAAGCCUCUAGAAGAAGUGGUCGGAUAUUUGGAAACGUAUUUGGCAAGCUCGAAGUUCGUCGCAUGUGAUGAGCUGACUGUGGCGGAUUUUUCGAUCGUUGCCAUCCUGAGCACGAUGGAAACGAUUUGUCCAAUACCGGCUAGUCGAUGGCCAAAGGUGGCCGCAUGGUAUGAGACAAUGAAACAGUUGCCCUACUAUCACGAAGCUAAUCAGACCGGCCUGGAUAAGCUGAAGGCCAAAUUGAACGUAGUGUUGAGUAAAUAAAU